AUAACCCUGAAUCUGAAUUCUUUUUCAGGGAGGUUCAACCUCUAACCUGAACAUGAACCUUUAUGCUACCAAGAAAACCGCAGCUGAAGGCAUGUUGGACAUCGCUCUGUUCCUGGCAAACAUCACACACAUGAAGACUGUCAUUGAACAGGGAGCUGGGUACAGGUACUAUGCUGCUGUUCUGACCCUCAUCUCCUUCUCCCUGGCUCUUCAGAUAGUGGCUGGAAUCCUGAUCAUUAUAAUCGCCCGGCGAGACCUCAACGAAGAGGCCAACCAGAAGCGCCUGGAUAGCCUGAACAACAUCACAACCAUCAUCAUCUUCCUCAUCUUCGUCACCAACAUCUUCAUCUCUGUCUUUGGGAUGGAACGUACCGGCCUCUUUGCCAGGAUGCAUUUCUGACACUCUGAUGCCGUCGAGACCUGAACAACUCGACUCUGCAGAAGCGCCUCGACUACCUGAACAAUGUAACAACCAUCAUAGUUUUCAUCACCACAGCCCUCAACUUCUUUAUUAGCACCUUCGGCAUGCAGCGGACUGGAUACUUCCCCUGGCUUAUGAUGCGCAUUCACUGAUACACAACACACACAAACUGACAACUAUUACACUAAUAAACUGCACUGCCACACACACACUUACAAAAGCUCAAAGGAUUCAUAAAUAUAGCAGAUUUUUUUUUGUUGUUGCAUAAUUUAACCUAACACAUAUCUUUUUAAACAGAUCUGCUGAACAUUCCUUACAUGUUAAUACCAGCUUUAAAAUGUAUGAAACUGUUUGUUUUAUUUUGUCUCCUCUGUGUCUAAUUCUGGCCCAACAGAGACACAUAUUUCUUUCUUGAAAUGACCCAAAAAAUGAUCAGAAUGACAUAAAAGUUGUUCAGAAUUUCUUGAAUUUGUCCAGAAAGUCUUGAAAUGUGUCUGCAUUCUUUGUCUUUUAAACUGUGACACCUGGAUGGAUGUAAAACUGAUGUAGUUGCAGCUUUUAGCAGAACUCAAAUGUGUUUUUCAUCCAUUAAAAAUGACUCAAAUGACAUCUAAGUUGUCCGAAAUUAGACGAAAAUUGUCCCAUAUUUCUCAGAAAUUGUCAGUAGUGACAAAAACCCACCAAAUUACUCACACGAUUAAUGAAAAUUGUCCAAAAAUAUGUGAAAAUCAUUGAAAUGACUAAAAAAAGUUCAAAAUACCUCAAAUUUGUCCAGAAUGUCUAGAAAUCAGUCUGUAUUUUUUGUCUUUUAGACUGGAUGUAGUCAGAAUGCAUCAGAAGACUUUUUUUUCAUAAAAAAAGCUUACAUCUGUCUAAGGAAAUGCAUACACAGCAAUGUAAAUUAGAUUUUUUGCAUGCGAUAACCCCUCUAUUGCAUUAUACAUUCUCCUUUUUCAGACUAACACAGGCUAUUGCUGCCAUCUAGUGAAAGAAUUUAGGAUCACUGGUGCAAAAUGAAUAAACUGUAUCUCAAAUAUGA